AUGUUCACUGAAAACCUUGAACCUUUACAAAAUUUUAUAUCUACUGAAAACCUUGAACCCUUACAAAGUGUUAUAUCUACUUAUGAUGUAAUUUCCUUCCUGGAUAGAGAUUUUUUAAAUGAGCAAAGUGACAGCAGUGGUAAUGAAACCAGUACAGAAAAACCAGAUGAACGAGUUUUUUUUAAAUGGAUUAAAGGAACGCAUCCUCUUUGGAGUUAUUUUUUUCAAACCUCAGAUAAAAAAAAUAUCGAAUAUAACCUGUGCA